GAUUUGGAUUAUGAGGAAAUGACUUGAGCUGUGAACAACAAGAAGAUGACGGUGAUGAUGGAGAGAAUCGGUUCGAUUCGGCUUUACCUUAUGAAAUGGAUUUGUCUGCGUUGGGCUUGGGUUUGUGUGGCUGCCUGUGGCGGUAAGGUGGAGUUACACACUGAGAGGAGAGGAGUGAUCUACAGCCCAUCAUGGCCCCUCAACUACCCGGCCGGAGUGAAUUGCAGCUGGAAUAUACAGGGAAGCCGUGGAGAUGUGAUCACAAUAAGUUUUCACAGCUUUGAUGUGGAGGACACGGCGGACUGCAGGGGGGACUGGCUGCUGCUCGGCCCCACAUGGAAAACUGAGUAUCGGUUCUGUGGCUCAGUUCUUCCUCCUCCCUUCAUCUCCUCCAGAGGACGAGUCUGGGUCUAUUUCCACUCUCAGGCCAACAGCUCCGGACAGGCACAGGGCUUUAGACUGUCUUAUAUACGAGGUCGACUGGGUCAGAGUAGUUGUGAGAACGAUGAAUAUUUAUGUGGAAACGGUAAGUGCGUUCCACGCUCCUGGCGCUGUAAUGGAUUGGAUGAGUGCGGAGACAAUACAGAUGAAAGGAUCUGUGCCGCCCCACCCACAUCCGCCCGGGUGAGUCUGUGUCCGCCAGGCACCUUGCAGUGCUCUGAUAUCCAAUCUACCCGCUGUCUGCCGGUGUCUCUGCGCUGUAAUGGAGCCCGGGACUGCCCUGACGGAUCUGACGAGUCCCACUGCCCCGACACGUCCUGUGGAAAACGCUUGGUCAACUUCUACGGGACGUUUGCCUCACCUGAUUUUUUCCGUCCAAACAGGAGCAGCGGCACAGAUCUUCACUGCACGUGGUUCCUGGACACAAAAGACCCAAAGCCGCUGGUGCUCCAGGUGGACCUACAGCUGGGUGUGGGAGACUCUGUGCGUGUUUACGAUGGUUUGGGAGAGCGUGCAGAACGCCUUCUGCAGAGUCUCUCUCACCAUAAUAACCACAGACGAGCUCUGCUGGAAUCUUCCCAGGGACAGAUGAGCGUCUUCUACCACGCUAAACCACACAGUCCUGGACAUGGAUUCAAUGCCACCUACCAGGUUAAGGGAUACUGCUUUCCAGGUGAGCAUCCAUGUGGCACAGACGAGGGCUGUUACUCUGAGCUGCAGCGCUGUGAUGGCUACUGGCAUUGUCCUGGGGGGCGAGAUGAGGAGGACUGCCCCUUGUGCCAGCCAGGAGAGUAUCCCUGCGCGGGUGGCAGUGGGGCGUGUUACUCGGCUUCUGAGAGGUGUAACAACCAGAAGAAAUGCCCCGACGGCUCGGAUGAGAAAAACUGUUUUGAUUGCCAGCCUGGAAACUUCCACUGCGGAACCAACCUGUGCAUCUUUGAGACGUGGCGGUGCGACGGGCAAGAGGACUGUCUCGACGGCAGCGAUGAGAGAGACUGUCUGGCGUCUGUGCCCAGGAAGGUGAUUACAGCAGCUCUGAUUGGCAGCUUGGUCUGUGGGCUGCUGCUGGUCAUUGCACUGGGUUGUGCCUUUAAACUCUAUUCGCUCAGGACAAGAGAGUACAGAGCUUUUGAAACCCAGAUGACCCGACUAGAGGCGGAGUUUGUACAAAGGGAGGCUCCGCCCUCUUAUGGUCAACUGAUAGCUCAAGGUCUCAUACCUCCUGUGGAUGACUUUCCAGUCUACAACCCCACACAGGUGUCUGUCCUGCAGAAUCUCCGUUCGGCUAUGCGGAGGCAGAUUCGCCGUCACUCCUCUCGUCGUUCCUCGUCACGGCGGCGUCUUGGUCGUCUGUGGAAUCGCCUGUUCCAUCGUGGCUCUCGGUUACGGGGUCAGAUCCCUCUCCUCACGCCUCCGGGUCACACUCACACAAACGCACACCCCGAUCUGAGCCUCCACAGCUACAACACAGCGGACGAUGGCGGAGAGGAGUCGCGAGAGAGUGCGGGACAGACUCCGCCGUCCUGUUCGACGGUGGCGCUGGGAUUGGCGCUGCAGGCUCACACUGAGGCCCUCUGCCUACCUGACAGAGAGUCUCCGGCCUCUCCUCUCUCUCUGCCCUCGCCCAGCUCGCCCCGCUCCACCUCUGACACCCUGGAGGAUGAAGAUGAUGAAGAUGACAGAAGUUCAGAGGGGAUGAGAGCGAGAUCCAAACAGGGCAUUUCCCCAAAACAUAAAGAUGCCGAUAGUCCCCCUGGACCCCCCGAUAGCCCCAAACGCAGAACGAGCCGGUCGAGAUCCUCCAGACGGCUGGUGCAGGAACUGGCUGCAGAGCUCAGAGGAGUCUCUCUCCUACGCUACACCUCUGUGGGCAUCUCACCGCUUUCUUCCCCCGAGUCACCCACGUCCUCCAGCGGUCAGUCUGAGGAGCAGAGGAGCUUUCCUACAUUCAGAAAACCACACACAGACUCGCUCACAGAUGCUCAUGGACACUCCAGGAAAUCAUUAGGAACGGAAGAUGUUCCUGAUGACUGUGUCAGGCUUUGCAGACUCACAACUUGUGAGGAAGAAGAUGAUGAGAUUCUGUUAGUGCACUGAGAAGCCUUUAUCAGCCUCCUUAUUCUGAUUUUGUGCCAACACAGUGAGCCUUACCAGGUUCAACCAACAGCCUUCCAUCCAGAGUCAUAAAGUACGUUUACAUGCGCAGUAAUAAUGCAGCUUUUUGCUUAGUCGAGCUACAGACUUCAUCUGACUGUAUAUAUAACACAAUUUGAAUGCAAAUAUUUGAAGGAUUAAAUACAUGUUAAGCAUCACAUUUUUGGAAAA